AUGUCGCGAUUCAGUCCGAGGGCAGAAAUUGUUGUGCGUCGGUCGGAGAUGAUGUUGUGGAGAAAUGAGGAGGAGGAGGUGGAAACGGUUGCGGUACGACCUGAGAGAUGUGUGUUUGCAGCGUUGGGCCUGGAUCAGCACUGGGGCCACUGUGUUGUGUGCGUCUGGCGGAUAGAUUCCUGUCUCCUGCUCUCCAGUGACGGCUGCUUGCCUUUUGAGGAGGAGGAGGAUCAGAUCUGUGGCUCCAUGUUGUGUGCUGGCUUGAACACCUAA